AUGACAGGAUCUGUGGUUGUGUUCUGUGUGUGCUUCUUCUCGGUGUCGCAGACGGUCUGGUUUGAUCUGCACCAGCGGCUUACAGACACGGACGGCACCGCCAGCGCAUCCCUGCUGCUGGUGCGUCAGGAGAUGGUGGUUUCCCAGAAGAAGUUGGGGGAGUUUUGUGAAGCUCUUAAGCAGUACCUGAAGAAUGUGUCGGCCCAGCGAGACUGCUUCCAUGUGACUGCAGUCAGGUUGCCAGAUGGCUUGUCCUUUGUCGUCUACGAGUUCUGGGAUGGAGACGAGGAGUGGAAGAGGCACCUGCAGUCGGCACCUAUCAAAACCUUUCAGCAUGUGAAGGUGGACACGCUAUGCCAGCCUGAAGCCGUGUCCACUGUAGCUGUGCCAGCUGCCUGGUGCAGUCUGAACAGAGAAUGAGGACUGAGUUGUUUGACGGCACGCCACCACACCUGGAC